UAUUGCCAUAUAUCCCUCAAACAAACCACACACACAACCAGUAACAUUUUGCACCAACAAGCCACAAAAAAUGGAGCAAAAUUUCUACCUAUCCCUUCUUCUUCUCUUUGUUUCCUUCAUCACUCUCUCCCUCUUCUUCCUCUUUUACAGGCAUAGAUCCAACUUCACUGGCCCAAAUCUCCCACCAGGCAAAGUUGGGUACCCCAUGAUCGGUGAGAGCUUUGAAUUCUUCUCCACAGGAUGGAAAGGUCAUCCUGAGAAGUUCAUCUUCGACCGCAUGUCUAAGUACUCUUCUGAAGUGUUUAAAACCUCUCUUUUGGGACAACCAGCUGCUGUGUUCUGUGGUGCUGCAGGUAACAAGUUCUUGUUUUCCAAUGAGAACAAACUUGUCACUGCUUGGUGGCCUGACUCUGUCAACAAAGUUUUCCCUAGUUCGCUCCAAACUAGCUCCAAAGAAGAGGCCAAGAAGAUGAGGAAGAUGCUUCCAAAUUUCCUUAAGCCUGAAGCUCUUCAGAGAUACAUAGGUAUCAUGGAUACUAUUGCACAAAGACACUUUGAGUCUGGAUGGGAAAAUCGUGACGAAGUUCUUGUGUUCCCUCUCUCAAAAAAGUACACUUUUUGGUUGGCAUGCCGUUUGUUUCUUAGCCUUGAGGAUCCCAACCACAUCGCAAGAUUUGAUGACCCAUUCAAACUAUUGGCCUCUGGGAUCAUAUCAAUGCCUAUUGACUUGCCAGGAACACCAUUUAACCGUGCAAUCAAAGCCUCCAACUUCAUCAGGAAGGAACUUGUGCUUAUCAUUAAGCAAAGAAAGAUUGAUUUGGCAGAGGGCAAAGCAUCCCCUACUCAAGAUAUAUUGUCCCACAUGCUUUUGACUUGUGAUGAGAAUGGAACAUACAUGAAUGAACUAGAUAUUGCAGACAAAAUCCUUGGUUUGUUGAUUGGUGGACAUGACACAGCCAGUGCUUCUUGCACUUUCAUUGUCAAGUAUCUUGCUGAGCUUCCUCAUAUUUAUGAUGGAGUCUACAAAGAGCAAAUGGAGAUUGCCAAGUCAAAAGCACCAGGGGAGUUGUUGAACUGGGAUGACAUUCAAAAGAUGAAAUACUCAUGGAAUGUUGCUUGUGAAGUGCUUAGACUUGCUCCACCCCUCCAAGGUGCUUUCAGGGAGGUCAUUAAUGAGUUCAUCUUCAAUGGUUUCUCCAUUCCAAAGGGCUGGAAGUUGUAUUGGAGUGCAAAUUCGACUCAUAAAAGUGCACAAUACUUCCCAGAGCCUGAGAAAUUUGAUCCAAGUAGAUUUGAAGGACGUGGACCUGCUCCUUACACAUUUGUUCCCUUUGGUGGAGGACCAAGGAUGUGCCCAGGAAAAGAAUAUGCAAGAUUGGAAAUACUUGUUUUCAUGCAUAAUUUGGUGAAAAGGUUCAAGUGGGAGAAAGUUCUUCCUGAUGAAAAAAUUAUUGUUGACCCCAUGCCCAUGCCUGCAAAGGACCUGCCCAUCAAACUUUUCCCACACAAAGCUUGAUUUAUUGGGAUUAAGAACUUAAAAAUCUUAGGUCCUUAUCCUCCUUGGUCAUUCUCACACACAACAUAAGGAGAGAAAUUAAACCUUACCCCUUUUUUUUCAAUUUUCGUCCUUGUAUUUGUUUUUUAAUGUUGUGUUUAAGUUAUUCGUCUUGAUAUUUCAAGGACAUAAAGAAAAAGUAUAAUGGAAAAGAAUAAUUAAGUUGUUUACUCAGAUGUCAUAUGAUGUAAGUGUAUAACGAAAUUGUAUUAAUAAUUAUUGGUUAUGGCUUUGGUAUACAA